GUGUCUCAUUGUCUGGGGAUUCCGCGUUGUUGUCGGUCGUCCUUCUAUUUGGAGAGCGCAGAAGUGCGCGCUAAAAGACAAUUAUAACAAUAAUCAACACCAUCGCCUCGAACACAAUCUAAUAUUUCUAAACACAAAAAAGCGCUAGUGACCAAAUUUUCCGAUUAAAGCAGAAAAUUAAAAUAUAAAAAAAGCAAAAGAAAUAAUCGUUCGUGAUUUGUGUGUCCCGCUUGUCAUGGCGUUGGCCGCAACAUCAACAACAACAACCAACGAGCCGCCAACGACCAUGUUGCCGGCGGUGGAACAAGUGCAGGAAUUUAAUUGGCAGCUCGAGGAUUACGCUUACUUUAGCAAAUGUGGAGAAAUAACCACCUCGCCUAAUUUGCAAUGCUUCGGUUUCAACUGUGCAUUCUGCCCAGCUAUUUGCCUCCAGUUUGAUGUUUUCAUGGCCCACAUACAUUCGUACCAUGUUCAGGAUAUGCGUUUGCGUUACGACUGCGACUACAGCGACGAGAAAAUCGAAAAAGCCACACAAACGGAUUUAAUGAUAAUGGACAUGCACAUGGACAUUGAUGUCUUUCAAAUAGACGACAAUGUGAAUAGCGCGAAUAGUGGCGCCGGAGCAGCAACAAAAACAACGCAAACAGCAACACCAACAAAUACAACGCGCUCUGAUAAACGCAUAAAAAAAUGUAAUUGGAAUGGCCCCGCAAUGGACAUGGAAAUGGACAUAGACAGAGAACUGGUGGGUAUUGUGGGUGAAAAUGACAACAAAACCAAGCCACCAACAGCGACGCCAUUGCAAUUGAACACAGAACCAGGAACAGCAACAGCAACAAUGCCCGAAAUAGACUUCGUAUAUAUUAUGGAAAAUCCAUUGCCACCCUCGCCGCCGCCAUCGGCUGACAUUUUAUAUGACGAGCAGUGCACACUGCAGUCAAUUGAUCCCUACGAAAUGCUCCAUGACGUCUGCAUGGUCGCUCCCACACACACAAAACCGCACACUCCACACACACAUACAAUACUCGAGGAGUUGGAGGAGUCGAUGGUCGCCAUGCCAUUGCCAGAGGCAGUGGGGCUGGGAGCUCGGUAUGAGACACGGCGCGUGGCAAUGCAGCGUAAACUACUCGCAAAGGAAAAUGAAAAUGCAAAAACUACAAUCGAACAACAACAACAGCAGCAGCAGCAGCAGCAGGAACAACACAUUGCCGUAGGGCUAACCCCGCCAGCGACGCCUCCAACACCGGGGGCGCCAACAUCGCCAACAAGUAGCGUAGCCAGCAGCAGUUUAGGCUUCAAAACGCGCACCCGCCGCGAACUCGAGCGAAAUCACGACUUUGUAAGCGCUCUCUUGUUGGCCUAUGAGCGGCACGAGAAGCUUUGGAAUCCCAAGCAUCCGGAGUAUAAAUAUAAUGCCAAACGGAGUGUUUAUGGUGAGCUCGCCGCCCCGCUAGAGCGUGUAUUUGAGGUUCAACUGACGGGGGCGGAAAUAUUUGCCGUGCUGAAGGACUUGCGCGGUCGCUAUAGACGUGAGCUGAGCAAACUUAAUAGCCAGGAAGGCAACUACAAGUCGCGUCUGUGGUGCUUCGAGAAGAUGCACUUUCUGCGAGAUGUGAUCGAAAAAAAGCGCGCCGACCGAGAGGCCAAGAGCGGUAGUGAUAGCACCGAGAGUGAGAAAUCGUGUGAAACCGACACGGACUCUUCCAAGUCUGCACAAUAUCGAGAGGUACUAGCCUUCAUACUGGAAGCAUUCAAACGAAAGGAAUGCCUGUGGAAUCCACACCACAUCGGCUAUGCCGAUUGCCCCAAGAAGGAGUUAUAUCGUGAAAUUUCAGCGCAACUGCGGCAAGAGCUGAAUUACGAGAUGAGUGGGGAUGUGUGCUGCAAGGAGAUCCAAAAAUUGCGCACCCGAUAUCGCAAGGAACUACGCAUGGUCAUCAAGCAUAAGGGCCUAUAUUUGCCCAAGCUUUGGUGCUACGAUGAAAUGGAAUUUCUGCAGAGGAUCCUACAGGAACAAAUAUUCAGUAAAAUUAGCAAGAAAGUAGGCGUAGUGGAGACCACUCAAAAGACCAAGUUCAUCAACGCCAAUUGCAUUAUUUUCGAUUCACAACAGGAUCAACUGCAAUUUGUGGAGAUUUAUCAAAACUAUUCUGCACUAUGGGAUGUGGAUCAUCCAGACUUUCGUUCCAAUACAUAUCGCAGCCAGGCAUUGGCUCAAAUGCUGGAGGAGCUGAACAACACAUUUCAAACGUCUCACACAAGUGCGCAAUUGGAGAAGACUCUCUUUCAGAUGCGCAAGGAAUUCUCUGCGCAAAAACGCAAAAUUCUCUUGAAUGAUGGGGGAUCAAGCACAUCGUUGGUGCAUGCCAAGCUCUCGCAGUUUCUGGAUCAGAAUCUGGGGCCCUUUCGCUGCGAUUUAUGCGAGCAACUUAUCAAAACCUGUGACCAGUAUAAGGUGCAUCGUUCGGCGCACGAUGGCACGCAGCCCUUCAUAUGCACGCUCUGUGGUAAGGGUUUUCAAAUGCCCUGCAACUUAACCGUGCAUAUACGUCGCCACCGUCAGGAUUUUCCCUAUGCGUGUGAGCAAUGCAAUAAGCGCUUUGCCACAUCUACCGAAGCGGCCAUACAUAUGAGGACACACACUGGUGAACGCCCCUAUAUUUGCGAUUUGUGUGGCAAAUCCUUCAAGACCUGGUCCUUUUUCGACAUACAUCGGCGCACGCAUCUCAAUCAGUCGACAUUCCAUUGCCCCAUAUGUGACAAGGGUUUCUAUGAGAAGAAUCGCUUCACAGAUCACAUGAAUGGACAUUUGAAUAUACGCAAGCAUUUGUGCACGGUUUGCGGAAAGAAGUUCACAACCUUCAGCAACCUCAAGAAGCACAAGGAGCUGCAUUUGGCCGUCAAAAAGUACAAAUGUGUAAUGUGUGGCAAGAGAUUUGCACAGUUUGCCAGUUUGCGCUGGCAUAGAAAACGCGUGCACAGCGAGGAGGGAGACCCAUAAAGGGGGCGUGUGCGCACACACUACUUGAGUAAUAAACAAAUAAUUUGUCAUAUUUCCAGCGCAAUUAUCGAGAGUUAGUUUUAUGGUCAGUACCUACUUAUACAAACAUACAUACUACGUUUACAACUGCACUUAGUUACGCGUUGUACUUCAUAUCAAGUGUACUUAUCAUAUCGGCUAUAGGAUUAAGUAUUAUAGUAACAUAAGUACGAAUGGAUGUACCUACUACAAAUAAUUUUUGUCAAGUAUUAGCCUCUAAGCAUAAA